AUCCGCUGACCGUGUGGUGCUGUAAAAAGCUUUUUCUUUCCGGGGCUAUAACAGUUUGUAAAAAUGUUUCCUGAAAGACCUGAACCAUCCUCUGGAAAAGACGAAGGUUCAUUUGCAUAUCUAUCUAUACGUGACAGGAUGCCUGUCAUUUUGACUAAAGUGAUUGACAGUAUCCACAGAAGGGCUUCCCAGUUUGUCAAGGACAAUAACUUGGAAAUGUCAGAAGAUGCCAAGUUAGUUGUGUCCAAGCUCUCAAAACUAAGAUACGAAAUGAAAACAGGAAAGAAGUUGACAGAGAUUGAGGGUAAUGCGGCUGAUGCUAGCUUGUGGAACUCGGCUCUAAAAUCAGCAAAAUCUCUGGUUGAAAAUGCAGAACCAGCCUGGUUUACUGUCCCUUGGCUGACAUGUGAAUGUUUUCUGUACAGGAAAAUAUAUGAAGCAUUUAGUUUGAGUAAACACCAUCAAGAGUUUGACCCAUUCCAUGAGCAAAAGGAGUGUGCAUUUACUACAUUGACCCAGGCCAUGGCAUCCCUUGCUCAUCAUGUGGUUGACAGAAUAGAGAAUGCAAACCAAAAUGAGGAGGUUUCCCUCAGGCUUCACUUUGACACCUUGUUACAGUUCUGUCUGUGGGGAAACAAGUGUGAUUUGUCUAUCUCCAGUGGAGAAAUCCUCUCUGGACAAACAGACAAGUUGGCUUCUAGAAUUCAUCACAUGAAAGAAAGAAUCCUUGUAGACAAUUCUGAUGAAGUUUGGACUCAGUUACAAGACAAGAGUAAUGGCAGAGUUGACUUUAUUAUGGAUAAUGCAGGAUUUGAGUUCUUUACUGACCUAUGUUUAGCUGAGUUUCUAGUCCAUACUAAUUUAGCUAGUGUAAUUUAUCUACAUGUCAAGGAAAUACCCUGGUUUGUUUCUGACACUACUCCCCAUGAUGUACUAUGGACACUCAAUCAGCUCAAGAAUUCAGCUGAGUCAGCAUUAUCUAGCCUUGGGAAAAAGUGGAGUCAGAGAAUUGAGGAUGGCACAUUCAUCAUCAGACAGCAUCAGUUCUGGAGUCUACCUAAUGAUUAUAGUGACAUGAAAUCCCUAGCCAGUGACUUAUACCAAGAUUUAUCCAACUCAAAGCUGGUUAUCUUUAAAGGGGAUUUGAAUUAUCGUAAACUAGUGGGUGACCGGAAGUGGAAGCCCACAGUUCCCUACAGAGAGGCUCUCUGGGGCUUCUGCCCUGCUCCUCUCUGUGCAUUGCGCACUCUCAAAUGUGAGUGCAUUGUUGGAUUAUCUGAAGGCCAAGCAGAGCGAAUAGCAGCUAAUGAGAAAGACUGGAUGAUUAACGCUUCUUAUGCUGUGCUGCAGUACGCACAAUAAAUAUGAGAACAAUCCAAGUCAGGACUGGGCCUUCUCAAACAAUAGAACAAUCCAAGUCAGGACUGGGCCAUCUCAAACAAUAGAACAUUUUAUUACUUUUCAGAUACAGUUUUGUAUAUGAUUUAAUUAGGUGAUGGUUUGAUAGAAAAAUAUGUUAAUGCUUGUUUGCACUUGAGUCAUUCUCUGUCACUUAAUUGUCAGCUAUUCUUGUGUCACCUUAAAUUUCUACGACUGUGAGUAAGAUGAAAGCUGCUUCUCUAUUUGAUCAAAGCUAUGAAGCAUUUUGUUUACUUGUCCUUCAUCCAUUUCAAACUGGAGUACAUCAAUAUUCUAAAAAUGGAAAUAACAAUAAUCAGUUCUUAGGCAGUUCUCUGUACAGGUACAUUAAAUACAAUAUUAUAUUUAGGGCAUAUCAAGGGGGAGAGCUGCCUCUAGAAAAUUGUGAUUUAGCAACAAAUGGUAAGACAAGGGACAACUUUGCAUCCUUCUUUUUGCAAAUCCAUUGUAACUAGCAAUUCUGAUCUUAUUCUGUAGUUGUGUCUUGCCACCAAACAAAAUGUUCCACCAUAAAUGCUUGUUCUAGCUCCCAA